AUUUAAUCAGAAUGAUACUUUUGUGAUUAAAGCAACCUUAUUAACUUCAAUUGUUUAUGCUUGGCAGCAAAAUAUGACUCCAUUAAAAUGUUUUCAUUUAAAUUCAGUUACAAGAUUCAUUCUAAUAACAAUAUUGGUUUCCAUAUUCAGCCAAUCAUUUGAUUGUAAACCAACAAAUGCUGUGACAAUUGGAACCUCGGAACAAGGAAACAUCAGUCAACCGAUUGACAAUGGCAGCAGACCUGAAAUUAAUUUAAAUAACACACUUGAAUGUACUUCGGGUACGUGUAUUUAUAUGGCCCCACCAAUGAUUCAUGAUAGACCUUCGAUAGACCGUAAGCGUCUAGUCUUAGAUCCUCCAACUAACGAUAAUAUUGGUAACAAUACAAAUAAUGAUAAAUCUUAUGAGAAGGAUGGACCCGAUUCGCCUGAAAAUUCGUUGUUGACUUUAGAAGAUUUUAAAAUUGUGAUGGAACCAUCGGUAGAGAAGGUUAAUGCUUUAGAUCACAAAGUAACUUUGAAUGUGAAUGUAAGGCGAAAAUCAGAUGAUCGAAAAGUUUUGGAAUUGCCUUCAAUGGAAAUAUAUCCAAAUAAUGAAAAUGCGCUCGUUCCUAAUUCAUCAAUAGUUGAGAGUUUAAAGAAAGAUUUGAAUGAUUCAAUUUCACUCUCAAAAUUGAAUAACUCUCUUGAAAACAAUAACCGAGCUACAUCAGGCAAUUUGGGUGUAAAUCUUGAAGAAGAUACGUCAAAUUAUCCAAACCCUGAUUUAAAGAAAAAUGAAACCACCAAUGCUGUAUCUUCGCCAUCAUCGAGUACCAGUGAAAGCGAGAUAUACAUUGAAAAUAACACUUUAGUUGUAACAUCAUCUACAACAAUGGAACCUCUAAUAACCUCAGAACGAAGUUUGACACCGUUACCGCCAAAUGAAUUAGAGUAUAGACAAGCAAAACCAGACGAUCAGCCUGAAAUUACCACCACAUCAAAGCUUAUGAUUACAACUUCUAACCCGAUUGAUGAAAUUUCAGCUUCAACUUUAUCUAAUCAAGUUACGGCCAAGUGAAACAUCUCAUGCUUCAUCAAAUGUUUUCCCUGGAGUUGCUGAAAGUCGAACUGUUCGUCGACUCCAAGUCCCCUUCAAACCUCCGAUAGUUCAUCAAUGCCACCAAAGAUGAGCGAAAUUGAACUAAACUAUUCAAAAAGCUUGUGAGCAUUAUUUUCAAAAGUUAUAGUCAUCAAAGAAAGGAAACAAUCUGCCAAUUGUGAACAAUCCUGAUCGACUCUAACAAUAGUCUUCUUGUACUCAUUAAUAUUAAUAAAUCAAUUAUAUUUGACAUUUAA